AUGGGUAGGGUUAUUCGCAACCAGAGAAAGGGCCGUGGCUCGAUUUUCACUGCCCACACAAGACUAAACAAGGCACCAGCCCAGUUCCGACAGCUCGAUUACGCCGAAAAACAUGGAUAUAUUCGAGGUGUAGUCAAGGAUAUCAUCCACGAUCCAGGUCGUGGCGCACCACUCGUCAAAGUCUCUUUCCGAAACCCCUACAAAUUCCAGGACCGAGUCGAGACGUUUAUCGCCAAUGAGGGAAUGUACACUGGCCAGUUUAUCUACGCUGGAAAGAACGCAGCCUUGACAGUUGGAAACGUUCUUCCACUCGGCUCAGUGCCAGAAGGUACUGUCGUGACGAAUGUAGAGGAGAAGACUGGUGACAGAGGAACAUUGGGUCGAACGUCGGGAAACUAUGUCACAGUCAUUGGGCACAACCCAGAUGAGGGCAAGACUCGAGUCAAGCUGCCAUCUGGCGCAAAGAAGGUCAUCCCAAGCAUGGCACGAGGCAUGGUUGGUAUUGUCGCUGGUGGUGGCCGAACGGACAAGCCUCUUCUCAAGGCAUCCCGAGCUAAGCACAAGUUCGCAGUCAAGCGAAACUCGUGGCCAAAGACUCGUGGUGUUGCCAUGAACCCAGUCGAUCAUCCUCACGGUGGUGGUAACCAUCAACAUAUUGGUAAAGCCUCCACCAUCUCUCGAUACGCUGCACAAGGUCAAAAAGCUGGUCUCAUUGCUGCCCGAAGAACUGGUCUGCUACGUGGUACCCAGAAGACAAAGGAGUAA